AUCGAAUAGAAAACUUCUCUUCCACUGAAAUGAUAACGCUUACUCACGCUUAAAGAUGACCUUGAACUAUCGAUGAUUUUUAUUAGGAACCUGUUACGGUCUCUUGUUCUCUACGACUGACCAAUUAGCCACUUCCUUCACCCCUAAUCGGGCCCCUUGUAUGUAUAAACCUUCGAACUGAGCUUUGUUUAUAUUCAUACCUGCUGUUUCACUCACUUAAAGCUUUUUUUUUUUUAUCUCAUUCCCACUCUUGAAGUAGAUAAGAGACGUGCUUCAAAGCCCCCAAGUGACACGACGUUAACGUUAAAAAUUAGUUUCUUACACUCUCAGUUUUGAGAUACAAAGAUGCUUCGACAACCGAAAUUGCGUUCUGUGUCUAAAAUUCUAUCUAGUAACUGCACAUUUUUUGCAAAAACUGAGGAAUGUUUAUCGUCAAAGACAAUUUUGAUUUUGAAGAAAGAAAUAUCUAAAUGUAGUUUUUCAUCAACUGUGAUCAGACAGGCAUCUGCUGCAAGCCUUACGAAAGAUGAUUCUUUAAAGAAGCUGCCGCUGCAUGAUAUCCAUGUCAAACAUGGAGCGAAAUUCGGAGAAUUUGCUGGAUACAAAAUGCCUCUUUCUUAUCAAAAUCAGUCAAUUGUGGAUUCUCACCUCCACACGAGAAACACAGUCAGUGCGUUUGAUGUAUCACACAUGUUGCAAACAUUUAUAAGAGGGAAGAACUGCAUAGAAUUUCUGGAGGGUUUGGUGGUAGCUGACAUUAAAAAUUUGAAAGAGAAUCAGGGGGUUCUCACUCUGAUGACAAACAACCGAGGUGGAAUAAUUGAUGAUAUGAUCGUAACAAGACUUGACGACGAAACUUUGUAUGUAGUCAGUAAUGCUGGUCAUGCAGAUAAAGUUCUCAACCAGUUGAAAAGCAGUGUAAAUGAUUUUAACGCAAGAGGUUUCCAAGUGACAAUAGAUGUUCCAAAGGAUUUAACUCUCUUAGCAUUUCAAGGUCCCAAAAGUGCGGAAUUAAUGCAAAUCCUUGUCGAAGUUGAUAUAAAAAAUCUGCCCUUUAUGUAUAGUACUGAAGGAAGUGCUAUAACAAGGCUUCAGACAAGAAUUACUCGAUGUGGCUACACUGGAGAGGAUGGAUUUGAGUUGAGUAUGCAAACAGAUCAUGCUCAGGAGUUCUUAAGCUAUACUCUUUCCAAUUACAAAGAUGAAGUCUGGCUUGCCGGUCUUGGAGCUAGAGAUACUUUGAGACUCGAAGCAGGUCUCUGUUUAGCUGGGUCAGAUUUUAAUGAAGAUAUCACACCUAUACAAGCUGGCUUAGCGUGGACUAUUGGUAAGCGUCGUCGAGCAGAAGGUGGCUUUCCAGGAUCUGACAUAAUUUUAAAGGAACUGAAAGAUAAACCUGCGAAGAAAAGAAUAGGUUUCACAUCCAAAGGGCCAUGUCCAAGAGGGCGAUAUUCUGCCAAAUUUUGCAUCCCGGGUUCCAAGGUCGCCCCCCAGAGAGCAUUGACCGGAGGGAAAAGAGAGGGACGGGGUGUAAAGAAGAGGGGAAAGAGAAGGAGAGGACGCCAUGUCCAGUUGGCUUCUGUUUGUUGAUGGUUUAGAAAAUAUUUCUUAAAUUACCAAAGCUGUACAUUUCACAACAAUUAACUCUUGUACAUAAUGUAAAUUUAUGUAAUGAAAACUAUAACCUAGAAUCUGGCGCUUGGCUUUUAUUUAUGCAGACAGGCAGCUGGCCACAUCUACAGGAAAUGACAAAUUAACAGAACGGUCAAUCUGGGCCAUCAGAAAACGCGGGAACUCGUCACAGCUGGACGGGAAAAACCUUACUAUAUAUAACACGGAUAACUCUAAUAUAGUAUUAUUGUUUUUAAUGCAAUAUUAUUUAAAUGUUAAUCAAAUAUUCCAAUGGUUUAAAUUAUAAUUACGUAGGAAGUAAAUUAUAAUGAUUAGGAAAAUUAAAACCAAUAUGAUGAUUAAUUACUUAAAUUAUAAUGAUGCAAAAAAAUUAUGUAGGAAGAAAGCCAGAAUUCUCUUCUUACAAUAAUAAAUUGUCAACAGCAUAUCUUAAUUUAUCAGAUUUCAAGCAUAUGGUUUUAAUUUUAAGUGCUCUCACUUCAUACAGUAUCAAAACACAUAACCAGAUUUUAUGGUUCUCUACUCUUUUAAAAUCAAAUUUUCUAAUUCUCCCCUCUUUUAAAAUCAGAUUUUCUAGUUCUCUCCUCUGUUAAAAUCAAAUUUUCUAGUUCUCUCCUCUUUUAAAAUUAUAUUCUCUAGUUCUCUCCUCUUUUAAUCUCUGCUCUCGGUUCAUACAGUAUCAAAACACAUGAUCAGAUUUUCUAAUUCUCUCCUCUUUAAUCCC